AUGACUGAUGCUGGUUUCUUUAAGGGUACAAACACGGAACAAGAUUCCAGAUUCGCUGACAAAAAGAAGAAGCUUCUAAAGAGCAUGAAGUUUGAGGAAAAUUUGAGCGCGAAAGUUGAUACCACAAGAAUAAAUGUGGAUUCAAUAAAACCUUGGAUCGUCAAACGCAUCACAGAGCUACUCUCAUUCGAUGAUGAUAUCGUCUGCGAUUUCGUGGUUAAUAUGCUCUCCCCGGAUCCAAAGGAGAUUCAAAUCAACCUAAGUGCUUUUCUGGGAAGCAAAAAUGCAAGGAUAUUCGUUGGAGAACUAUGGGAUCUGCUACUGUCUGCAAUGAAUACACCUGGAGGUGUUCCAGCCAUUUUGCUUGAAGCCAAAAAGGCGGAAAUUCUCAGCUCUAGGGUAAAAUUGGAUUUGAUCGUAAUGUCGUUUUUUAGUCUGCAUAUAUAUAUUAAAUUCAAGUCUGAGCAACUAUUCUCACGACAAGCAGCUGGUAGUCAUGGCGAUGGCCCAUCAUCUAAUCGAUCAGAUGGAAGUGCUUCUCCCGCAAGAAGUGAAAGGCGUCGCAGACAUUACUGUAAGUUUCUACAUUUAAAUUAUUUUUCUACUUACAAAUUAGCGUGUUUUCUAUCGUGA